GCUUUUGAUUGGAAGUUGGUCUCUUACGCCGUUGAUAUUCAUGAAAAGCAAUUAAUUAAGCUCAUCCCGUGGCUUCUGUCUUUGAAAACCUCUGAACUUUCUUCUUCCCCUUUUUCUCCCAAUUCUUACAGUCCUUCUCCUCCCACCCAAGUCCAAGCAAAACCCAAUAUUUCUCUCAAUUUCUCAAUGGGAAAGAUCGGAGUAUUUGACCUUGAGAAGCACUUUGCUUUCUAUGGCGCUUAUCACAGGAACCCAAUCAACAUAGCCAUCCACAUGUUGUUUGUUUGGCCAAUCCUUUUCACAGCUCUUCUUAUUCUUUACUUCACCCCUUCUCUGUUCAACCUCCCUUACAUCGAGUUUUCUCUGUUUGGGAAUGAUGUUAUUCUGGUUUUGAAUGUUGGGUUCUCGUUUGCUUUGAUCUAUUCGGUGUUUUACGUCUGUUUGGAUGUGAAAGCUGGGUCUUUGGCUGCUCUGCUCUGUGCUAUUUGUUGGGUUGCUAGCAGUUUUAUUGCGAGUCGACUUGGGUUUUCACUCGCUUGGAAGGUUGUUCUCCUUGCCCAGCUUUUGUGUUGGACCGGACAAUUUAUUGGCCAUGGGGUCUUUGAGAAACGCGCACCAGCUCUUUUGGACAACCUUGUUCAAGCCUUUAUAAUGGCUCCCUUCUUUGUGCUGCUGGAGAUUGAGAAACAAAGAGAACGGCCUCCAGGGCAUCUUAAGAACGUCUCGCUAUGGUAAGCUUCAAGCCAUUCGCCAUUGAUAGUAUUGUCAUCAUCCUGUACUUCACUGGAUGAUCUGGCACCAAACUGAAUUUGUAAAACCUACACAAAAUGGCCAGUGCCAUCUUCAUUUGGAGAUAUGCAGAGUCCUUCCCAAGGCAUAUUCUUGGCCCAGCCUGUAGGUCACAGAAAAACAAGAACCAUGAACCGCCGUAAAUGUCCGGCGAAGUGUCUAUCCCAGUAUGAAGCUUUAUAAUCUUCAGAAGAAGGUAAUUCUUAGGGGCAGCUAAAGUUUGAUUCGUUAUACUGUUUUUCAGAAAUCCUUGGUUAAUUACCUGAAAUGCAGUGAACUUGAAUGGAGAUGCGUUUUGGAAGAAUCCAUCGCUAAGCCAUCUCUCAGGCUUGAAUGAGGCUGCAUCAGGGCCCCAGUUGUACUCCAUUCUACCCAUUGAGUAGGGAACGUAAGUCACCAUGCCUCCUGCUUUAACCUUGGUUCCGUCUGGCAAGACAUCAUCCUCCAAGACGCCCUUGGGGUCCUAUACAAUCAUCACACAUUAAUAAUGUUCAUUCGAAUUGAUAUGGCAUGAGCUUCAGCCUUCAGUUGGAGAAAGGGCAAAAACCUGAGGGACUGCCGGGUACAGACGAAGUGUCUCUGUGAUCACUGCAUGCAGAUAAUAUAACCUUCCCAGCGAAUCAUAAUUCAAGAGGCCUGCAAAUUGCUUUACUCUUCCACUGAACGAUUCCGAGUCCCCAGUGUCACACUGAAGCAACGACACAUUCUCUUCUUUUGCUUGAUCUUCUUCUAGAGUUUUGAGCUCCGAGUAAAGCUUGUUGCAUACAUCGGCGUGGGUCAUUACCAUGUAUAUGGCCCAUGAGAGAGUAGUUGCCGUUGUGUCACGGCCAGCUAUCACAAAGUUCAGGACAACGUCUCUGAGAUACUUGUCUGUUGAGUUGCUUUCUGAGGAGGCUUCACUCAACUCUAUAAAUCUUGACAGUAUAUCAUGCUUUAUCUGAUAUUUUUUCACCAUGAAAAAACGUUUCUUAACAGCUGAAUAUGUAUCUUCUAGUAAAUGCUAAAUAAACGUUUCUAUUAUGUUUUACCU